UUAGCGGUGAAUGCGGUGUUACAGCGGCACUGCCGCUGUAUAAUACCGACGGGCCAGCUCUAAUGUUAAUUUGAUAUUGCCUCAAGGGCCAAAUUAAAUUACACGUCGGGCCAGAGUUUGACACCCAUGACUUAAGGUGUUGUGUUUGCUGCGCAUGCGCAUACGGAUGUUAGCUCGAUUUAAAGGUUGUUGUUUUUUAAAAGUAGCGUUUUUUAUUACAGUAUAAGAGAACACAUGUUUUUACUCGAGUACUUAUCUAGUUCAGAUGACAUAAACCGGGGGUGUAUUUGUUUUGGUGGAGGACGUUUGAAGAGACGACGACGAUGAUGACGUGUGUUGCAGUUCGCCUUGGAGUCUUUCAACAGUCGUCUUUAAUCCCUUAAUUAGCGCAACGGAAGUCGUUGUGGCGACUUGUAAACACUUUGAACGUCAUUCCGCGUGAUAAAAGUCUAAAGGCGACAGAUGCCAAGUCAGAGCGGUUCGUACAAGGGCUUACCCGCACCGAUGGCCUCCAGGUUGUCUCUGCCCGAGGCGGACCUCUCCUGCACCAUCUGCCAGGACAUCUUCAAGGACCCGGUGGUCCUCAAGUGCAGCCACAGCUUCUGCAGCCCCUGCCUCAAGCAGCACUGGGCCCUCCAGACCGAGCUCAGGUCGUGUCCGUUGUGCCGCAGCCUGUCGUGGGACGAGCCGGUGCCCUCCUUGACCAUCAAGAACCUGUGCGAGUCCUUCAUCCAGGAGGACGACGUCGACGAGAACGGCGACUGCGAUGGCGAAUCGUCCUGCAGGCCCAAGGAAAUGUGCCUUCUUCACAGGGAGGAGCUCAAGCUCUUCUGCCUCGUCGACCAGGAGCCCAUUUGUGUGGUCUGCUCCAAGUCCAAAAGACACAAACAGCACGACUGCUGUCCUGUCAGCGAGGCCAUUGAGGACGUCAAGGCCAAACUGAAGGCAGAACUAUGUUCUUUAAGACAGAGGAAGGACACCUUGGAGAAAACCAAGGGAAGCUUUGAGGACGCCAAGGCACACAUUCAGGUCCAGGCUCAGUACGUGCGCAAGUGCACCCGUGACGAGUUCGCCCGCCUGCGCAGGUUCCUCCAGGCGGAGGAGGACGCCCGCAUGGUGAUGCUGCAGAAGGAGGUGGAGGAGAAGGCUCGCGCCAUGACGCAGAAGAUCAACAAGGCCAACACCAGCCUGGAGUCUGCGUGCGAGACCAUAAAAGCGCUGGAGGACAGGCUGGCUAUGACGGGCAUCUCCGUCUUUCAGAAAGAAAAGCGCUCAAUGCCAGCAACAGCCUGUGACGUCAGCCUGGUUGACGAGCAGGCGCCGCCGGUGACGGGGGGACUCAUCGACGAGGCCAAAUACUUGGGCUCGCUGAGCUUCCACGUGUGGGAAAAGAUGCGACACAUCGUCAAAUACACGCCCGUGGUCCUGGACCCUAACACGGCCGCCCCCUGGCUCGUCCUCUCCCACGACCUGACCAGCGUCAGCGACAGUGACAAGCGCCAGAUGCUGCCCGACACCCCGGAGAGAUUCAACCCCGACACGGUGGUGCUGGGCCGCCAGGGCUUCACGUCGGGGAAACACGUGUGGGACGUCAACGUGGGCGCCAACAUGGCGUGGGUGGUGGGCGUGGCCAAGGAGUCGGUCAAGCGUAAGCAGAAGGAGGCGCCGGUGCUGAAGAACGGCUACCUGACGCUCUACUUCUACCAGCAGAUGUACAUAGCGGGAACGUCCCCCUUGACCAAACUCUCGUUGAAGAAAAACCUGCGCAAGAUCCGCGUGCAGCUGGACUACGACAACGGGUGCGUGUCCUUCUUCGACGGCCACAACAAAGCCCACAUCUACACCUUCCACUUUGUCUCCACAGAGAGGCUGUACCCUUACUUCUGGGUGGGCUGUCAGCGCUGCCCCAUCAAGCUGGAGCCUGUUGAAGUCUUAGUGAAAGUCACUGCCGACACUUUUUGAGUACCUUGCUAUGUCAGCAUCGUUUUUAUCGAACUCUCAUCUGGCCACGGAGAGUUGCCUUAUUUCAAGGUCUUAAAUACUUCUUACAAGUUUCAGAUCAAGACUUUUAUAUAUCAUUACCUGCACGUUAGUGAUCCACCUACAAAAACUGUGACUGUUGGGAGUAUUGAUUGAAAACAUUAAUACUCGUC